AGGCCCGCGUCGCGCCGCGGUGGCCAUCCAGGCUCCUUCCCCGGCUCCCCAGAGCCAGCCCCCCGCUCGGGAUUGGUCCUGUUCAGGACGCUGAGGGACACUAGGCUCUGGUGGCGGAGCCAGAAGCAGACAGACAGCGGGGUUUGCCACGGCCCUGUGGGUCAGAUCUGCUGCUCAUCACAGCUCACAGAGGCUGAUGAGCUGUCACCUGCCAAAUUUUCAGGACAGCUCAGGGCUUAGAAGAGGGCUCAUCUAAAUAAAGGCCGGCUAAAGUGACAUUGUGCGGAUUUAAUCCUCUGGCUGCCUGUGUGACCAAAGGCUGAUUUACAAGAUUUCCUUUCUGGAGUUCAGAUUAUUAAGUCCCCAGGGUCCUGCAAUUUGACAGCAAGAGAAACACAAAAUGAAGGUCAGAGAUGAGAACCCGCUGCAGGGACUCGGGGGCCUCCAAGGGGCUAUUGCACUCUGGAGUUCAAGACUGCCUGGUUACACGGGUAAAUAAAGCGGAGUCUUUGUCCCCAAUCGCAGCCACCUACCACAGAGCAUCAGAUUCCACCUCGGGAGGAGUUAUGGUAACUGUACAGUGAGCUUGGAAACCGGAGGUGAGAGAAGGCAGGAAGGGCCUGGAGUGAGGACCCGCUGGGCUGUGCAGACUGUCUCUGGUCACUGAGAGGACCCGCUGGGCUGUGCAGGCUCUCUAUAAUCACUGGGUCUCCGCAGUUUCUCUCAGCUCUCAGCGCUCUCAUGGACACUGUCCGGGGAGACCUCAGCUCACAUCUGCCUCCUACAAGGCCUCUGCCUGUUCUACAAGCUGCCCUGACAGUGGCUCUGGGCUGAGAUGGAAAUGUGAGCCUGCAUGGACGAUGACUGCAGUGUUUGCGAAUGGAGGCGGCCUGGUGAACACACACUGUGACAGGUGGGACCGGCGGGACAGUGUGGAAAGCAGCUGUCAGACCGAGUGUGGCCAGGAAGGUGAGGAGGACCAGCCACGCCAACUGACGCCCUUCGAGAAACUGACUCAGGACAUGUGCCAAGAUGAGAAGGUGGUGAGGGAGAUCACGCUGGGGAAACGCAUAGGCUUCUAUCGAAUUCGAGGAGAGAUCGGAAGCGGAAACUUUUCCCAGGUCAAGCUGGGGAUUCACUCCCUAACCAAAGAAAAGGUGGCCAUUAAGAUUCUGGACAAGACCAAGUUAGACCAGAAAACCCAAAGGCUGCUAUCCAGAGAGAUUUCCAGCAUGGAAAAGCUACACCACCCCAACAUCAUCCGCCUUUACGAAGUCGUGGAGACCCUGUCCAAGCUCCACUUGGUGAUGGAGUAUGCAGGAGGGGGGGAACUCUUUGGGAAAAUUAGCACUGAGGGGAAGCUCUCUGAACCGGAAAGCAAGCUCAUCUUCUCCCAGAUCGUGUCCGCCGUGAAGCACAUGCAUGAAAACCAAAUUAUUCACAGAGAUCUGAAAGCAGAAAAUGUAUUUUAUACCAGUAGCACAUGUGUGAAGGUGGGAGAUUUUGGAUUCAGCACCGUAAGUAAAAAAGGUGAAAUGCUGAACACCUUCUGUGGGUCUCCACCCUAUGCUGCACCUGAACUUUUCCGAGAUGAACACUACAUUGGUGUCUAUGUGGAUAUCUGGGCUUUGGGGGUCCUUUUGUACUUCAUGGUGACUGGUACAAUGCCAUUUCGAGCAGAAACAGUGGCCAAACUAAAGAAGAGCAUCCUUGAGGGUACCUACAGCAUACCCCAGCAUGUUUCAGAGCCCUGCCACCGGCUCAUCCGAGGAGUCCUUCAGCCAAUCCCUACAGAGAGGUAUGGGAUCAGCUACAUCAUGAAUAAUGAGUGGAUGAGAGGGGUCCCAUAUCCCACCCCUUUGCAACCUUUCCAACUGGAUCCUAAACAUUUGUCAGAAGCCAGCAGCCUCGAAGAAGAGGAAAAUGAGGUGAAAAGCACUUUAGAACACUUGGGGAUUACAGAUGAGCAUAUCCGAAAUAACCCAGGGAGAGACGCUCGCAGCUCCAUCACGGGUGUCUACAGAAUCAUUUUACAUCGAGUGCAAAGAAAAAAGGCUCUGGAAAGUGUGCCAAUAAUGAUACUCCCAGAACCCAAAGAAAGGGACCUAAAGAAAGGAUCCCGCAUCUACAGAGGCAUAAGACACACAUCUAAAUUCUGUUCGAUUUUAUAAGUCAUAUCAGGCAGCUGGGAACUAACCAGGGACAAAGUCUCUGCUUUUAACUUUUCUCAUAGACAAUUUGGAUGGAAACAUUUUUGUAAUUUUUAAAUAAAAUUUAAAUUUGACAUAUA